AUGCUCGCGUACCGCGACAGGGUGCGGGAGCGCCUCAUGCGGCUGUACGAGGAGCUCGGAAAGGGCGAGCGUACCCUGACGAGGAGGCUCGCGAGGACGUUGAUGAUGGUCCUGGAGCAUGACGGGUUCCACAUCGAGACCUUGCUCUAUAUUCUCAUCCAACGCGCCGGAGACGGCAUGCUCCCGCCGCCCGGCUUUGCUGUUCCUCCGGCCUUGCACGCUCACGAUCCGGGCCACGACGACCAAGAGCCCGACGACAUCCUCCCGGAGUUUACCAACGCCGUCGAAGGACACGAGUUCGGCUGGGACAACGAGAGCCCGAAGCGCACCGUCGCCGUCGGGAAGUUCAACGUCUCCUGGCGGCCCGUCACGAACAGCGAAUUUCUCGACUUCUGGCGGGGCGCGGGCAAGGACUGCGUCGGGCUGCCGCCGAGCUGGGUGCUCGGCCCCGAGGGCGAGGUACAGGUGCGCACGCUGUACGGAUCCGUGCCGAUGGACGUUGCGCGGCACUGGCCGGUGCUCACGGCGUAUGACGAUCUCGCGGCAUAUGCGGCGAACAAGGGCGGGAGGAUCCCGACUGAGCCGGAGCUCAGGCUGUUCUUGGACACGUACCAGGUCGGCUACGAGGAGGGUGCGAAUACGGGCUUCAGAAACUGGCAUCCCAUGCCUGCGACGGCCGGCGGCGAGAAGGACGGUGGCCGGGGCUCCAACGGCGGCGUCUGGGAGUGGACGUCGACGCCCUUCGACACGCACGAAGGGUUCGCGGGCACGACCAUUUUCCCGGGCUACUCCUCUGACUUCUAUGACACGAAGCACCAGGUUGUGCUUGGCGCGUCGUACGCGACCAUACCCCGCUUGGGCGAUCGCCGCACGGUGCGCAACUUCUACCAACACAACUACCCGUACCCGUGGGUUGGUGCUAGGGUGGCAUACGACUGCUGA